GACCUAGGAAAGCCGUUAUAGCACACGGGAGGGAGGGGAGUCCCACCAAUCUGUUUUUUUCACCGUUCUGCGUGAAAGAGGCAAUUUUGUACGGCUUUCCCUGUGGAUUCAAAAAGCCCCUAGACGAUGUUAAGGGUGUCGAAAUCGUGGGCAGGGCGCACGCCGCCGGUCAUCGGCCGCUCGAAGAAGGCGCGUUUUAGCGGCGUGGACGACAAUCCCAAAAUCACAAAGAAACCGUGGGAUACCUCGGAGCCAUUGAUGGUAGAGUAUGGCUGGGAGCGCGGGAAGUUGCCCAAAUUUAGGGCUCGGAGCCCCUUCCAUCGGCAGCAAAUUGCCCACCGCAUGGUUACGGAGCUUAUUCGAAAGGACUACGUGAUUGUGGGCGGUGCUCGCGCCCCGGCAUUGCGUAUUCUUGCGGAUCACGUUGUCGAGCUCGCCAAGGCUGGCGAUACCGACUCACGGCAGCACUUGGCUCACUUCCUGCAGGAUCCUUUGAUGGUUGACAAGGCAUUCGACGAGUACCCGCGACGGUUUCGUGAUAUGAACUCCAAGUAUGCCAUGAUGACGCGCUUAAAAGGGCGUCGUCGCGCGGAUGCCGUCGCCAUGUACUUUGUGGAGUACAAGAACCGCGAUCUCAGUGAUAAUCACAAGGGCGAGGACUACAGUGUCGGGCCGGAGCGGUUUUUCUUGCCGCCGCGCGUGGUGGAGGCGGAAAAGGGGAUCCAGCGGCCUCCACAUAUGCAAAUGGCUUUUGACCGAUGGGCUAGCAAGUUUAAAACGGAAGAGUUCCACCACUGGUGGCGACUGCGGCAUGCCAAGCUUCGGUAUUGGGGUGUGCGCAACGUGCCUCACCCCUCCGAGGUCGACCCACUUUGGACUGAGAAGGAGGAGGAAGAGUGGCAUAGCGAGAUUUUAUCGAGCACGGCGGAUUUUGAAGAUUUUGAUUUAGACAGUGAGGAGUUCGAGUCGUUUGGUGAGGGAUCCGAGACGCCUGCGUCGGGAUUCGAUGGUUUGAAGGGCAGCAAUGCGUAG